CUGGUAAUUGGGAGGAAUUGGUAUGAAAAGUGUGGUGAAGGAAACGGAUAGAUAGAAUAAAGCAAGGAGGGCCAGGAAACGGUACUACAGACAAAGAAACACACUCCUUAACUCUUUUCUUUUCCACUCUCAUCUUCUUCCUUCAACUUUUCUUUUAUUUCUCCCCAAUGAUUCUACUACAUUACCCAUCUCCUCUUGCAUAUUAAAUGGGAUGGUGUUGGAGAUAGCGAUGUGGGAGGUGGUGGCUUGGUUGGUAGGGAAGAAUAAAUGCCGGUUAAGAGAAGCAGGCCCUACACAACAAUGCAAGACAUGGUGGAGAGAUUAGUAGCAGUAACUCCUCAAGCUCACAGACACAGAUUGGAUUUUCAUUGUUCAAGGGCAUCAUUGCCUUACAAAGUCUAGAGAGAGAAACACCCUCUCUCUCUCUCUCAUGCACGUGCUUCAUCCUUCAUUUGGUGGCAAUCUCUGAAUUUAUACAUCACACCCUAUUAAAAGAACUUUAUUUAAUUCCCUCCCACUGUCUCACCUGCUUCCUUUCCAGCAAAGGUACAGCCACCAUUUCCACCUUCUUCAUUUCAUCACAUUUACUCUUCUCUUCCCCCCCCACUCCUCCCUGCCCUCCAUUCCUUCUCUCUCUUUCUCUCCAAAAGCUCCCAUUUUUAUGUCACCCCACAAUCAAUCAACCAUUAAAAAACACGGAACACGACGUGGGCAUUAUUGAAUCUUUCUUCUUCAUGCUUAUACGGAGAACCAUGGAGGAAAAAACAGUGAGAGAUUAAACGGGUACUAUUUUUAUUCUUUUUUUUUGGGUUUGUUUCUCUCUCCUGCAAUUCCAGUCUUCUGAAUGAGAAUGCUCCCCGUCGGUGAUGAUCGUGAUGUUUUGUUUCUUAUUGGACCGACUUUACGAUUACCUGAAACUUUGUAGCUGAGGAAGCAACACCUCAGAAUCGACUCUGGUUCGGUUGUGACAGCUAUGAUGUCAAAGGGGUGAUCACAUUGUUUCGAGCAUGAGAAGACACCGUGCUAUUCAUCUCUCUCAUGCUCUACUGUGCACCUUUUUUUAUUGUCUUGUGACAGCUUCUGCAGUGACCGAGAAGGAAAUUUUGCUUGAAUUCAAAGGUAACAUCACGGACGAUCCACGCGCCAGCUUGAGUUCGUGGGUUUCAAGUGGGAACCCGUGCAACGAUUACAGAGGCGUUUCGUGUAACUCUGAAGGGUUUGUGGAGAGAAUCGUGCUGUGGAACACUAGCUUGGGAGGGGUGUUAUCCUCGUCACUUUCGGGGUUGAAGAGGUUGAGGAUAUUGACGUUGUUCGGAAACCGUCUCUCGGGUGGUAUUCCAGAAGGGUAUGGUGAUCUUCACUCACUGUGGAAGAUCAAUUUGAGUUCCAAUGCUUUAUCUGGUUCUAUCCCCGAGUUCAUUGGUGAUUUGCCUAGCAUUCGGUUUCUGGAUUUAUCCAAGAAUGGCUUCACUGGGGAGAUACCUUCGGUUUUGUUUCGGUACUGCUACAAAACAAGGUUCGUUUCUCUUUCUCAUAACAACCUCGCCGGUUCAAUUCCUGCCUCCUUGGUGAACUGCUUUAACCUUGAAGGGUUUGAUUUCUCCUUCAACAACCUUAGUGGGGUUGUCCCUUCCGGGCUUUGUGGCAUUCCAAGGUUGUCUUAUGUGUCGCUGAGAAACAAUGCCUUGUCAGGGAGCGUGCAGGAGCUCAUUUCCUCAUGCCAAAGUCUGGAACAUUUGGAUUUUGGAAGUAAUAGGUUCACUGAUUUGGCACCGUUCAGUGUCCUUGAAAUGCAAAAUCUUACCUAUCUCAAUUUAUCGUAUAAUGGGUUUGGAGGACAUAUUCCUGAGAUCAGUUCCUGUAGUGGGAGAUUGCAAAUCUUGGAUGCUUCGGGGAAUCUUUUAGAUGGGGAGAUUCCCACCAGCAUAACAAAAUGCAAGAGCCUAAAGCUCUUGGCGUUGGAAUUGAAUAGACUGGAGGGGAAUAUCCCAAUGGAUAUUCCGGAACUGCGGGGACUAAUUGUUAUCAAAUUGGGUAAUAAUUCCAUUGGUGGAAUGAUCCCCAAGGGCUUUGGCAGCGUCGAGCUUCUUGAAUUGCUGGAUUUGCACAAUCUGAACCUCGUUGGCCAAAUUCCUGAUGAUAUAAGCAAUUGCAAGUUUCUUCUUGGGCUGGACCUUUCUGGUAAUAAAUUAGAAGGUGAGAUUCCUCAGACUCUUUACAACUUGACAAACCUGGAAUCCCUUAACCUACAUCAUAACGAGCUUAAUGGAAGCAUCCCCCCAAGCCUAGGAAACCUAUCAAGGAUUCAGUACCUAGAUCUUUCACAUAAUUCACUUUCUGGCCCAAUCCCUACUUCCCUUGGAAAUUUAAAUAACUUGACACAUUUUGAUCUCUCAUUCAAUAAUCUGUCUGGUUUCAUUCCUGAGAUUGAAAACAUACAGCGUUUUGGUGCAUCUGCAUUUUCCAAUAAUCCUUUUCUCUGUGGUCGUCCUUUGGACACCCCUUGCUUGGUAAACGGAGCUACAUCGCCUUCAUCUCCUGGGAAGGCUAAAGUUCUAAGCACCUCAGCAAUCGUUGCAAUUGUUGCUGCAGCUGUAAUUCUCACUGGGGUUUGUUUGGUGACCAUCAUGAAUAUGGCGGCACGUGGUAGAAAAAAACAGGAUGAUCAGAUUAUGAUUGUUGAGAGCACCCCUCUUGGGUCAACAGAAUCAAAUCUUAUAAUUGGAAAGCUGGUUCUCUUCAGCAAAAGUUUACCAUCAAAAUAUGAAGAUUGGGAGGCAGGUACCAAAGCAUUGCUUGAUAAAGAGUCUUUGAUAGGUGGUGGAUCAAUUGGUACAGUCUACCGAACUGAUUUUGAAGGCGGGAUCUCAAUUGCAGUGAAGAAGCUCGAGACUAUGGGAAGGAUUAGAAACCAGGAGGAAUUUGAGCAUGAAAUUGGGCGACUAGGCAAUCUUCAACACCCUAAUUUAGUUGCUUUUCAAGGUUAUUAUUGGUCCUCUUCAAUGCAUUUGAUUCUAUCAGAGUUUGUCCCAAAUGGGAAUCUCUAUGAUAAUCUACAUGGGUUGGGCUAUGCUGGAACCAGUACUAGUAGAGGAAAUAGGGAAUUAUAUUGGUCUAGAAGGUUUCAAAUUGCAGUGGGAACCGCAAGAGCCCUUGCUUAUCUCCACCAUGACUGUAGACCUCCAAUUCUUCAUCUCAACAUUAAAUCCUCUAACAUACUCCUAGAUGACAAGUAUGAAGCUAAGUUGUCUGAUUAUGGAUUAGGAAAGUUACUUCCCAUUUUGGAUAAUUAUGGUUUGACCAAAUUCCACAAUGCUGUGGGAUAUGUUGCACCAGAGUUGGCUCAAGGGCUGAGGCAGAGUGAAAAAUGUGAUGUUUACAGUUUUGGAGUCAUUCUUUUGGAGCUGGUUACAGGGAGGAAGCCUGUGGAAAGUCCAACCACAAAUGAGGUGGUGGUCUUGUGUGAAUAUGUAAGAGGUUUGUUAGAGACUAGCUCAGCUUCAGAUUGCUUUGACAGAAAUUUACUGGGCUUUACUGAGAACGAAUUAAUUCAGGUUAUGAGAUUGGGACUAAUUUGUACUUCGGAGGAUCCUUUAAGGAGACCAAGCAUGGCUGAGGUUGUCCAGGUCCUUGAGUCCAUUAGAAAUGGAUUAGAUUCCCAUUAAUCAGUUAUAGCUUUUCCAUGCUGUGCAGCUCAGAAUUGAAGUGAUUGCUUAAUUUGUUAAAUUCUUCAUGGACAGGAGGUAUCAGAUUUAGGCAUUUAGGCAUACAUGGAACGAGAUUUGGAUCAGGAUGGAAUGUGUGUGCAGGAGGUAUCAGAUUUGUUACUCGGCCAUUCAAAACGCAGAAAAGAAAAGGAUAAAAAUUCUUUUGUAUUCUUUUUUAUAUUGCCAUUAUUUUUUUCAUAAAUUUGUAACUUCUGCAAAUAAGGGCAUUUGUUUAUUCCAUUACUUCUCGUGCUUUCAAGGGGGAAACAAAAAGUCUUGUUAUUCAUUUCCUACUAAUUCUGUUUCGGCUUCGGUAACAUGUCAUGAGGGAUAAACCACUGUAUGUGAAAAUGUGGGAGAUCACAUAUCUUUUAAUUGUAUGACUAAAAUAGAGUAUAUAUCCUAGAGCAAAUUUCAUCUUACAGUUAUAUGACUUUUUCUAGUUUUUAUCUUUUCUUUCUGCCUCUGCCUUUUCUCCCCAUGAGCAAAUGAUAUGCCUGUCAUUACCAUAAACGAAUUGUUUUUUUUGUAUGAAGACCAUGUCUAGUGGCGCAGAGCAAACAAAACUACUUUUGCUUAGGUUCUCUGCUGAAUUUCCUAUCAACAUUAGAUUUGAUCCGUCUUUUUGAAGAGGAGCUCACCUGAUAAAACGACUUCAAGGAGAUACAUCAUCUAAAAUCACAUAAAGACUAUUAAAGUAUAUUAUGGAUGUAAAUCUUACCAACAUUGAUUUUAUUUUAUAAGACUACAUUAGGACAACACCAGCUUCCAAGAAGGAUAUUUUGUUAAAGUCCGCCCUUCUAAAUUUUUAAUUAUCACAUCAAAUAUAAGAUGUACAGUAGGACUUUCGUACUAAAAUUCACAA